AUGGCUCCAGUCAUUACACAUCUCUUUGACCUGGAUUUUACUGCCGAAUCCCUUGAUCCCAAAACAUAUGCAUUUCUAUACACAAGCUUCAGCAAAAUCGAACGAGAAGAUGAUAGCGUUUACUUCGGCCAAAUAGCAAAACCAAAAGAGGAUAUCUCCUUCGAAGAAUUCACAAAAGCGCUCACAAAGAUACCUGAUGAAGAGAUCUACCCGAAGGUCCCCACGGAUGGCAGCAUCCGCAGUUUCUCCGGCCCAAUCAAGCAUCUAUAUCUGAAAAGACCGCGCCUGUUCUGUUAUGAGGAGUACAAAGAGGAUGACUCAGCUUAUGUUAUUCCAACCCUUCUGAUCGAAGAGGCAUCCGUUCUGGAGACCAUCUCUCAGAAUCCGCAUCCUGGUAUCAUUAAAUACCAUGGUUGUCGUGUCAAGCGAGGUUUUAUAACUGGGCUAGUUUUAGACAGGAAGCAAUCUGACUUACGGGGCUAUAUCGAUUCGAAAAAUGGCCCUGUAAUCGACGAAGAAACGUUCACUACUGCCCUGAAAGCUGCUGUUGAGCACUUACACUCCAUGGGAUUGGCCCACAACGACAUCAACCCAGCGAACAUUUUGCUCACUGAAGACCAGAUGCCGGUUCUCACAGACUUCAACUCUUGCCAUCCCAUUGGAGAGAAGCUCAAUCUCAGUCGGGGCACCGAAGGCUGGAUAGAUGCAGAUGAUUCCUGGGAUACAUCUGAGAUUCGCCAUGAUUUCUUUGCCAUCGAGAAGAUCCGAGAGUGGCUUAAGGAAGCCAGAGGAAGCUGGCCAGAGGGUGAUGCAUUUUCGGAUACUGGGGACGUUUAG